UACAGAUACGCCAUAAUGGACAAACAUCGAAGAACCACGAAGAUGCGACUCUGACAAUGUCUCCAAACAAUUGUUUAAAGACAUUUUAGCUAAACAUGACUUGAAUCUCCACAAAAACUCAAAAAAGUUGUGAUACAAAACUCCACGAUUACGUAAAAAUAGGCCUAAUUUCUUAACGAAUAGAUUUAUGUUAAAAAAAAAACUACUCCCGCGUUCCUUUAGCAACUAGAGUGUCAAUUAGAAAUCUAACAACCAAAGUCAUAGAGUAGGCUACCUAGGUUUCACGACCUGAGAAUACUAAAAAGACAAACACUAUUUUCGCAACCAAAGCUAGUCUAAGAUGUCGAAUCCAAUGCCGAUAUACAGCCACGUGGUGCCGAAAUCCCAGUACCGAAAACAGGCUUCAAAAAACGGCGCCACAAAAGAACGAAGUUCUAACUUGCCCCGGACGGAAUUCGAUCCGUUGAACUACAACCAUGGAGGGCAAUUCCACCUUCUCAACGAGCCCAAAUACGAACGGCCGGUGAAGGAAGCUAGAAGGUCGAAGGAGGAUUACCGGUCUUCUAGAAGGACGCAGAAGGUGGACCCUGGCGAGGGCAAGGUGGAGGCGUACCUGCGGCAGAACCAGGUCAGCAUCAGGCAGCAGCAGCACCGCCACUCGGCCGUGAGGCAGGCGGAGCAUCGGGUCAAUUUGAGAUCGCUACCGCUAAACGAUGUGGUCACAUCCCUGGCGAAUGACCGCACCCCGAGCGACCGCCACCGCCCCUUCCCCGAGAGGGAGGGGAGAGAGGGGAGAGAAGGAAGAGAAGGGAGGGAAGGGAGAGAGGGGAGGGAGCAUCGCCGCGAGAGAGACAAGGAGAGGGAUAGGGAGCACGAUGGUGAGUUUUUUUACUGUAUGACAACCCCACUAAGCCCGAACGAGCGUCGAGACUCAAAAGUCCGAAAGUCAACAUCCUCACACAAAGUCACGGAGACAGGCAUAACCACAGACAAACGGAGGUUCUUCUGCAGAGAAUGGGCGUUUCAGAAGAUAGCUCACUGCCUGGAACAGCGGCCUGUUAGCAAGACUUGCGGGGCUUUGAUACUGGGUGAAGCCGGCAGCGGUAAGACAGCUCUGUGCCAGGAGCUGAGCGCGCCGGGCGGCGGCCCGCAGGCGCGGCAGCAGCGCGCGCUCGCCCGCCGCCUGCUGGCGCGCCACUUCCUGCAGGGCCACCAAGAAAGCAGCCUGCGUCCCGGCGAGUUCGUCCGUUCCAUCGCGAUGCAGAUCCUGAGUCACUCCAGCCGACAUAACCGACUGAAAGACGACAGUGAGAAGAAAGACUUGAAUGACACUCGCAACUCCGAAGAGGAGCUCCUGAUUCGUCGCUUCAAGGACAUGGGUGAUGACGGCGAGGACAGCUCUAAGCCGCUAUUGGCUGACAGUGAAGAUCAACGCACAGACGACGAGGAGCCGGCCGAGCGUCGAAGCCGGACCAUCGACCGUCUUACGGAGAGAGAGGCGUACUUGGACGCCAUGAUUGAGUUGCCAGAAAUCCUGCCUCGCAACUCGAAAGCGCCAACCAACCCGUUCCUAACUGACGACCAGAAAGAAGACUUCAAGAUAUACGAAAAUCACGAGAAUCUAUUCCUACGCAAUCUCUCCCAGAGACAAUCGAAAGAGAUACGCAAUUCUCGCUUACUACGACAGAGUUCUGAGCCUUUAAAUGAGAAGAAACCUUCAGGCAUCCAAAAGAGUUUAUCCACAGACCAGAAAAACGACAGCGCUUCGGAAAACGAAAAGUCCAAAUCGGAAAAGUCCGAAAGCAGCCCUCCUAGAUCUAGAAUUCCUGUAGCUUCUUUUCGCUAUCCGAAUAAAAGCGAUUUACGAUCGAGUUCAGUCGAAAACUCCCCGUCAAAGUCCAAAGAGCCUAAAACAGAUGACGCCAAAACCGAUGACAAAGACGAAGCGAAAGAACUGCCAGAAUACACGAACAUUCUGAAAGAGGAACCUAAUGAUAUUCAGACAGAAAUGGAGAAACUUUUGGAGAAGAAAAGGGCGGCUAGGGAUGAUGUCCCACCUCCUAUACCGAGUCUGCCAGUCAGUCCAAGGACUUUGAUAGCCAAUGCUUACUAUGACAAGUUGUUAUCAGAGCCAGAGAUACAACAGGCGUUAUUGCCACAGAAUCUGGAGAAGAAUCCUGAUGAAUGUUUUAAGAAGGCUUUGCUUUUUCCCUUGCUGGAGAUAGAUCCGCCGAAGCAGUGUUUGUUUUUGCUGGUGGAUGCGAUUGAUGAGGGUACUGCAGGCAACCAAAAAGAAGAGAAGCUGGAGUCCACCGCGCCAUCCAACAGCAUCCUGUGUCUGCUGUCGCGCCACCAGCACCUGUUCCCGCAGUGGCUGCUCCCGGUGUGCACCAGCCGCCGGAAACCCAGCACCGACACGCUCACAGGUACGUGGAUGCGGAUAUGUAUGGGCCGCAUCCAGUGGCAUUUUUGCCGCACCCAAUGCCUUAUAUGUUGCCACGCGCGCCAGGCGCGCUUAGUUGAUAUACUUCAAAUGUUUGGAACGCGCUCCGCGGAACGCACUUUCGGCGCGGUCAUUCAUGGCGCGCGCGCCAAGAGCGCGAAGUCGAUACGCAGCUCUUUCUUCGCUGAGGAGGCGCCAUCGCACAGCAUCCUCUGUCUGCUGUCGCGCCACCAGCACCUGUUCCCGCAGUGGCUGCUCCCGGUGUGCACCAGCCGCCGGAAACCCAGCACCGACACGCUUACAGGGUUCAGGAAGAUAACCCUGGACGAGCUGCAACGGGCCCACGUGUCAGCAGAUGUCCAGAGAUAUGUGCUGGCUCGUUUGGAUACCGAGCCUAGAUUGAGGGCGCGAGUGUCGAGUGAUUCCACAGCGGCGGCGGCGGCGGCGGCCGCGCUAGACCACCUCAGGAUAAAGAGCGACGGGUGUCUGCUUUAUUUGGAAAAGGUUUUAGAUGGGGUGGCAGACGGCUUCAUAGGUUUGCGAGAAAUUAAGGAGAUUCCGGGCACUCUAAAUGGACUUUAUUUGUGGCUCGCACAGAGAUUAUUCCACGGACGGAGGUUUACUAAAGUCCGCCCCCUCCUAGACGUAUUACUAGCUUCCCGCUGUGGAGUCACUCAAGAGAUGCUAUACAAGUGUCUAUUGACCAAGGAGUAUAGUGUGACUAGAGAGGACUUCCAUAGACGACUGCAUGCUUUACGCAGAAUCCUAGUAAUGGAAUCAACCACGGGCCACCUGCAGAUAUUCCACCAUUCGUUCGCGAAGUGGCUACUCGAUGUCAAACAUUGUACCAGGAGGUACCUGUGCGACCAGCGCGAGGGCGACGCCACCCUGGCUAUGUACUACACACUGGACGCUAAACGAUUGUCAGCAUUAGAGAUUCACAACUACGUGUAUCACAUGACCAACUUGGAGGCGUAUUUGACUGCCCCGAAGAUGAGCAAAGCCAUGAGUCAAAUCCUAUCCAAGGAAGGUGGUUCAAGCUACCAGCUACCUCCAGAGCUGGACUGGCACACCAUACACCUGCUGUGGGUGCUGGACUCCGGAUGUGACGUGGACUGCGCUCUGAAGAGGGACUGCUUCGACCUUCAGCCAGCAGAAGUGAAAAGUGAAGAGAAAGACUUGGACCCAGAAUCGGAAGGCAAAGAAUCUAUUUCUGUAGGCCCUACGUCGUCAUUAGAGUCGAUAAUGCCGUCUCUAGUCGGCACGGAGCGGUUUCCCAGGGAAGCUAAAGUGUUGAGAGCCCUUCGUGAAAUGUGCAACAAGAAGCCUGGACUAGAGUCACCGCCAGAACCAGAGCCUCUACCAUCCGAAGAACUUUCAAAAGAGGACCCCACUCAGCAAAUGAGUAUAGAGCCAGAGCCAGUGGACCCGGCCGCGCUGAUGCAGCUGCUAGCUACCGGCGACGAUCACGGCUUCGUUGAGCUACUGAAGACGUGCCCAGCCCUCCUCCCAACACUGCCAGACGGCGGCAGCGGGCUCCUGUCAGCGGCUGCCAGAGGCGGCCUCCCACGGGCGGCGUCCGCGCUGCUGGCUGCGGGGGUGUCCCCCGUAGCGGAUAGUGAAGGGUGUAGUCCGCUGAGGGCGGCCGCUUGGGCUGGACAUACUGAGGUGGUGGAAGUUCUAUUGGAGUACAACGCUGAAGUCGAUUGUGUGGAUGCGGACAACAGAACUGCUUUGAGAGCGGCAGCGUGGUCCGGUCACGAAGCGGUGGUCACCCGUCUACUAGCGGCCAACGCUUCACCGGAUCUCCCGGACGGGGAAGGCCGGACGGCCCUGAUAGCAGCCGCGUAUAUGGGACACGCCGAUAUAGUGAAGGCCCUGUUGGAUGCCGGCGCUAAGACUGAUCAUGCUGAUGAGGAUGGCCGCACAGCCCUAGCCGUAGCGUCGCUAUGCGCGAGUGGAGCCGCUUGUGCAGCUAUACUCAUCGAGAGGGGGGCCGAUGUGAACAAACCCGACCGGGACAAGGCCACACCGCUGUUGGUGGCCGCUUUUGAGGGGCAUACCGAAAUCUGCGAGCUCCUCCUAGAAGCGGAAGCCGACAUCGAAGCCUCCGACGCUUGCGGGCGCACCGCUCUCUGGGCGGCCGCGUCCGCCGGCCACGCCGCCGCGGUCCGCGUGCUGCUGUUCUGGGGCGCCUGCGUGGACAACAUGGACGCGGAGGGACGCACUGUGCUGAGCACUGCCGCGGCGCAAGGUAACGUGGAAGUGGUUCGGCAAUUACUGGACCGCGGUCUCGACGAGCACCACCGCGACAACUCGGGGUGGACGCCGCUGCAUUACGCCGCUUUUGAAGGGCACGUGGAAGUAUGCGAAGCUCUCCUCGAAGCUGGCGCUAAGGUGGACGCAGCAGACAACGACGGCAAGGGAGCCCUGAUGCUGGCGGCUCAGGAGGGACACUCGCGUCUGCUGGAGACACUGGCCGAUGACUGGGCGGCGCCCGUCGACCAGAGGGCACAUGACGGGAAGACUGCACUGAGACUGGCAGCCCUAGAAGGCCACUUCGACACGGUACGCGCGCUAUACGAGCGCGGGGCCGACGUGGAUGCGGUGGACGCGGAUAAACGAAGCACCCUGUAUGUGCUGGCUAUUGACAACAGAUUAGCAAUGGCUCGCUAUUUGAUCUGUGAGUGCGGUGCUAGCGUCGACAUCAGAGAUGCUGAGGGUCGAACUCCACUGCACGUCUCAGCCUGGCAGGGGCACACUGACAUGGUGAAUCUACUCAUCAAAGUUGGAGGCGCCGACGUGGACGGGCGCGACCGCUGCCUGCGCACCGCGCUGCACGCCGCCGCGUGGCGGGGCCGCGCCGCCGCCCUGCGCGCCCUGCUCCAGCACCAGGCCGCGCCCGCCGCCGUCUGCACGCAGGGCGCCACGCCGCUAGGUAUAGCGGCUCAAGAAGGGCACGAGGAGUGUGUGAUGUGGCUGCUACAGUACGGGGCGGAUCCGCUGCAGGCUGAUCAUUGUGGCCGAACGCCAGCCAAGGUGGCGUGGCGCGCCGGACACGCCAACAUCUGUCGGCUGCUCGAGCGGUUCACCGCGCCGUCAGCACCCGCCGAGGAUACUCCGGUGGCUGCUAGCAGAGGCUCCCCUGACUACAAGCGUCGCAGCGUGCACAGCUCCAACUCGACCAAGUCAUCCUCUAACCUGACGGCGACCAGCACACGCUCGCAUCACGAUGACACUGACGAAAAGGCAAGCCGAGCGCAUCUAUCUCUCUCGUUCGCACAACAAGUGGCUAGAUGCGGGCGCCGCGAGCGCGACAGAGACAACGCUAUACCGGAGCAUAGAGCGGUGGAGCAGGACGCCAACUUGAGGAGCUACCUAGCCAACGAGAAAGACUUUGAGCUGCGCAACACGAGCGAGCGAGACAGAAGACGCGACCAACGCCACUUGUGCGACAGAGAGAGCACAUCGCCUCUAUAUGCGUCGCCUCCACAUAGCCCGCUGUGCAGUCCUGUAGUACAUGACAAUGGAUCUCAGCCAGCCAGCCUGACCCCUCACCCGGCGGUCACAGACCAACACUUCAACAGAGACACACACAUGAGGAUCAUACUGGGGCGGGAUAGCAAACCACCGCCGGAUAAGAGCGAAGGGGCGGGCCGCAGUCGCUACACUCGGCUGGUGAGCACGCUAGGAAGGGCUCGAGGACGCAUCUUUAAGAAGACCAAGGGCAAGAGAAACGGCAUCGUGACCAACCCCGCCAUGCGACUAGUCAACAACGUCAAGAAUGGACUCGACAGUGCCGCCGCUAACAUCCGUCGUACGGGGGUGGCGCUAGCGGCGAGUGCGGGCUCCAACAACCCGGCGGUCAAGAGCAACGCCUUCCAGUUCCAGUGGCGGAGAGAGACGCCGCUAUAGGAGAGAGAGGGAGAGAAAGGUGAAGCUAUAGGAUAUAGGACAGAAGAUGCUGUACAAUAGGGAAAUAGAUGACACUAGAGAAAC